CUUAAAUAAACAAUAAAUACUAUUAUAAUUGUUUAUCAAAUACAUACUUAACUAUUGUCUCUUCUGUUUUCUUUUGCGCAAAGAAAAGGUUGAGUUUUGACGCAGAAGGCAAAGAAGAAAAAGCCCUUGGUGUAAAAGAGUAAAAAGGGUCACAGACAACCAAAAGGAGCGAGCAACCAUGGCAGCAACUUCUCAGUUCACUAGAAGUUUCACCUCUGUUUCUCUAUCUCCCACCGCUCUCUACCAUUUCCCUAAUUCACCCUCUUGCCUUUCGUUCGUCAGCAACAAACUUUAUUCCCACAAAACCUCAUCAAGAAGAGUUUCGUCAAUCAGAAAACAUGGUGCUUUUAAGAUCCAUGCUAUGACCGCUUCGUUUGGAUCUCGAUUAGAAGAGACCGUGAAGAAAACCAUCACCGAUAAUCCAGUUGUCGUCUAUUCCAAAACCUGGUGUUCGUAUUCUUCUGAGGUGAAAUCUCUGUUCAAUCGGCUUGGUGUACAGCCACUCGUUGUUGAACUGGACCAAAUGGGUGCCCAAGGACCACAGCUACAAAAGGUCCUUGAACGACUUACUGGUCAACAUACAGUCCCAAAUGUUUUUAUUGGAGGCAAACACAUAGGUGGUUGUUCUGAGACUGUCAAGUUACACAGAAAAGGGGAACUCGAAGCUUUGUUGGAGGAGGCAAAAAGUGCAUAAACCGUGUGGCAAUGUGAUGUGAUGUUCUUUUUUACUCCACAUGUUUUCGUCUUGAUUUUCAUUUGUUAAUUUAUAUGAUAAUUUGAUUAAAAUGCUGUAAUUGAUUGUGAUGAUGACAAUUUGGAUGUGUAAUUGAUAAUUUUUUUUUUUCUUAAAAAAAAUAUAGGAAGAUUAUAGGUUUGCUAAGAAUGUUAUAUGAAAUGUGAAAGAGAUGAUAAAAGGGUUAAUAGCAACAUGACCAAAAUGGGAGGAGUGAGUAUACAAAAUGGCCGCAUUUUGAACAAGUAAAUAAACGUUCUUUUCAAAAAGUAGACAUUGCAAAACUACUUUGUCAUGAAAUGUGUUUUGUGAAAUGAUAUUGUCAAUUGCAAAAUAGGAGAACGUAAUUUCUGUUAAAGGUUUUGGUAAUUGCAAAAUAGGAGAACAUAUUUUCUGUUAAAGGUUUUGGUAAUGAGCAUUAUAAAUAAUUUAAUUUUGAAAAAAAUAAUAGUUUUAUAGAUAAAUGAUUAUCAAGUUAUGGUUAUUUUGUCUAGUCACGUUUUUUCUUGGGAAAAUACA